AUGGCGGCACAGGACACGCCAAAGCUGCUCUGGAACCCAGACAACGUCAAAGAUGUUGCGGAGUCGGUCGGCAUUCCCAACCUCAACGACGAUGCACUGCGCUGCCUAACCCAAGAUGUCGAGUACCGCAUCGGCCAGGUCAUUGUCGAGGCGCUUCGCUUCAUGCGCGCCUCACGCCGCACCACCCUGACUGUCAACGAUAUCAGCACCGCUCUCAAGGCGCUCAACAUCGAGCCUCUUUACGGGUACGAUUCAACGCGCCCGCUGCGAUACGGAGAGGCCAGCUUGGGCCCCGGACAGCCGCUGUUCUACAUCGAGGACGAGGAGGUCGACUUUGAGAAGCUGAUCAACGCACCCCUGCCUAAAGUGCCGCGAGAUAUGAGCUUCACGGCACACUGGCUCGCCAUCGAAGGCGUUCAGCCAUCCAUCCCCCAGAACCCGACGACAGCAGAAUCGCGAAGCCAAGAGCUCGUCCCCAAGGGUCCCGGCGCCAAUCCUGCCCUUGCCGCCCUCGCUGGCAACGACAGUCUCUCCUUCCGUCCGGCCGUCAAGCACGUCGUCUCUAAAGAGCUCAUCCUCUACUUCGAAAAGGUCCAAAAUGCCCUCCUCGACGACAACCCGGACGAGGAAGUGGUGCGCCUCCGACAGGCCGCCCUCGAGUCUGUCCGCGACGACCCCGGCCUACACCAGUUAAUCCCCUACUUCAUAAACUUCGUCGCCAACCAGGUUACCCACCGCCUUGACGACGUCUUUACCCUCCGCCAGGCCAUGGAACUCACGGCCGCUCUCAUCGCCAAUACCAAGCUCUAUCUGGACCCUUACGCAAACUCCAUUGCCGCCCCCGUGUUGACGUGCAUCCUCAGCCGCAAGAUCGGCGCCGAGGAUGGCGCGGACGCCAUGCGGGAGCAAUACCAACUUAGAGAGUUCUCGGCCUCGCUGCUGGGCCAGAUCGCGCGCAAGUACGCCGCUUCGAAUAACCUGCUCCGCCCUAAGCUCGUCCGUACGUGCCUCAAGUUCUUCAUGGACCCUGACAAGCCGCCCGCGACGCACUUUGGUGCUAUCACCGGCGUCGCAUCCGCCGGCGGCCCCGAGGCGGUGCGCGUGCUGGUCCUCAAGUGCCUGCGGGCCUACAAUGACAACAUUCUGCAGCCGCUCAAGGACAAGGGCGAGGGCAUCGAGUUUGAGAUGCUGGUCGGAGGCAUCCUCAAGGCCAUUGCUACCAUGAUCGAGGACGACAGGGCGACCGUCAACGGCAUCAACGGCAGCGCCAACAACUACGCCGCCGAACUCAACGAGUUCAUUGGGCCCAUCUUGGGCGAACGGCUCAACAGCCUGGGCAAUCGGAGGCUGAUCAAGCACGUCCUGGAUGCCAGAAACAUAGAGUAA